AUGGGUGAACAAAUGUUAUCUCGUGAAUACUAUUAUUUGGGUACACAAUUGCCAAUUGAUCGUUUUCUGUCAUUCUACUAUGCUCACCCUGGUUUCCAUUUAAAUAAUUUCUUCAUUCAAUUGUCAUUGCAAAUAUUUAUGUUAACACUAGUUAAUAUGACAUCAUUAGCACACGAAUCUAUUCUAUGUGAUUACAAUAGACAUAGACCUAUCACUGCUGUGUUGUAUCCGGUUGGUUGUUAUAAUCUAAUGCCAGUGCUAGAUUGGGUCAGACGUUACACCUUAUCUAUCUUUAUUGUUUUCUGGAUUGCAAUUGUUCCUAUGAUUGUUCAAGAAUUAAUCGAACGUGGUUUAUGGAAGGCUAGUUUAAGAUUUGUCCGUCAUAUAUUGUCUUUGUCUCCGGUUUUUGAAGUUUUUGCAGGUCAAAUAUAUUCUGCAGCUCUUUUAAGCGAUUUAACAAUUGGUGGUGCUCGUUAUAUUUCUACUGGCCGUGGUUUUGCAACUGCUCGUAUUCCAUUUUCCAUCUUAUAUUCAAGAUUUGCUGGUUCAGCAAUUUAUAUGGGUGCCAGAUCAAUGGUAAUGUUAUUGUUUAGUACUGUUGCCCACUGGCAAGCACCAUUAUUAUGGUUUUGGGGUUCCUUAGUUUCUUUGAUGUGGGCACCUUUCAUUUUCAAUCCUCAUCAAUUUUCAUGGGAAGAUUUCUUCUUAGAUUAUAGAGACUUUGUCAGAUGGUUAUCAAGAGGUAACAGUAAGUAUCAUAGAAAUUCAUGGAUUGGUUACGUAAGGCUGUCUAGAGCCCGUGUUAACAGGUUUCAAACGAAAGUUAUUGGAGAUGAUUCUGAAAAAGUGCCAGGUGAUUCUAACAGAGCACAUAGAACUAAUUUACUAACAGUUGAAAUUAUUCCAAGUAUAAUAUAUACUGCUGGUUGUUUUAUUGCAUUUACUUUUAUUAAUGCACAAACUGGUGUAAAAGUAACAGAUGAGGACAGAGCUAACUCUACUUUACGUUUUAUCAUUUGUACACUUGGUCCUAUUGCUGUUAAUGCUGGUGUAUUAUUACUUUGUAUGGCGGUAUCAUGUUGUUCCACACCAUUAUUUGGUAUGUGUUGUAAGAGAACUGGUGCUGUUCUAGCAGCAAUUGCUCAUGGUACAUCAGUCAUUGUUCAUUUAGGUACUUUUAUUAUCAUGUGGGUUUUGGAAGGUUUCCAUUUCACAAGAAUGCUUAUUGGUAUCACAGCUUGUAUACAAGCUCAAAGGCUAGUAUUCCAAUGUGCCACAUGGUUAUUCUUAUCUCGUGAACACAAACAUGAUAACGCCAAUACCGCAUUUUGGAGUGGUUCUUGGUCUACCGCAGCUUAUGGUACUUUAUCAUGGAGACAACCAUUUAGAGAAUACAUAGCGAAGAUUAUUGAAAUGUCCGAAUUUGCUGCUGAUUUCAUUUUAGGUCAUAUCUUGAUGUUCUGUCAAAUUCCAAUUUUAUGCAUUCCACAGAUUGACAAACUUCAUUCCAUCAUGUUGUUUUGGUUAAAACCUUCACGUCAAAUCCGUCCUCCAAUCUUUUCAUUAAAGCAAGCCCGUUUGCGUAAGAGGAUGGUAAACAAAUACCUAACAUUAUUUGUCUUAAUCUUGGGUGUUUUUGCUGCAUGUAUCAUCGGUCCUGCUGUUGGAUCUACCAAGGUAGCCAAAGAUUUUGGUAGUGAUUUAACUGGACCAUGGAGAAAUUUAAUACAAUUAAGAAAUACCAAUAAUAACGAUACCGGCCCAAGUUUGUCAACAUUAUCUGGACAUUACUUUACACGUACUCCGCUUGUAUCAACUUGGUCUACUAAAGCGUAG